AUGAAGUCUUCAAGCUCCUCUACAUCAGCAGACAGCUCAAAGAGUAUAAAUGUCACAUCAAUAUGUCUCAAUCUACAUGGUCUGAUGGCUAGUGAGCUUCUAGCUGUUCAUGAAACUGAGAUACAGAAAUCUCAUGCAGAAGCACUAGUUGCUGCAAAUAUACUUGAUCAGAUUGAAGAAGACUUAGAUGACAUAAAGACAAAAAAUUUAUCAAAAACAUUGAUUCUUGAAGUUGUCAUGAAGGCAUUAGUCAAGAACUGA